ACUUGAAGUCUUAAAAGUUAAAACGACUCCUUCAAUGUCUAGGAAACCCUCCAAAUACAAACCCUUGCUUGCCUUAAGCUCUACUCAUCCUCUUUAUUUCUCUGCCAUAUCUUCGUAACUCAAGUCUCAAAAAUAAAAAUGCUUUCAAGUAGCUCAAAGCGUCCUCAAAAGUCCUUAAAAUUAAAGCAAGAUGACAAAAAGGGCUCCUCUAAACGAGUAACAAGAGAUGUCUCCAUGGCUAACUUGAGCACAGAAGAUUACCAUGUUGGUGCAUCUGUUGCAGUUCCCUUCACCUGGGAGUCUCAACCAGGAACUCCUAAGAUCAAGUUCCGAGAAAACCCUCUUCCUCCUUUAACACCUCCGCCAUCCUACUUUUACAAUACUCCAAAAAGACCAACAAAAAAGCUAUCUAAAUCUAGUCUUUUGGACUCUAUUUUCCCCAAACGUUCUACAAGGAAAACAAACCUGCCUGUAUCACCUGCUUCUUCCUCUUCAUCAUCUUCUUCUUCGUCGCGGUUAUCAUCUUCAUGGUCAGCAACGUAUUCUUUGCCUUCUUCACCAAUGAAGAUUUCGAAGUCUCGAGGAAGUUAUAAUGGAAUGUCAAGCCCAAGACAAUACUUUGAUACAAGAAAAAUAAUGCUGAAUCAUGAUGAUCAGGAUCAUGAAAAUGAAUGUGAAUAUCCUGUUUCUACCUUCUGCUUUGGCGGUAUUGGUCGUGGAGCAAGUGCCAGGUCUCGAGGCUGCUAUGCAUCCAUGAUCAAGGUAUUGCUUAGGGAUGCUUAACAAGUCAAUGAAAUGUGUUGUUUGGUAUCUAUAUAUUUAUAUAUAUAUAUAAAGCUUUCGGUCCUUGUAGUAGUUGAACGAGAGGCAAAAGAUGAUAUUACCAUUUAAGAAAAAAAAUCAAUGCAUGCUGAAACUAGUUGUGACCGUUGGAGUGGUUAAUUCUCUUGAUUAAUGAGUGAAACAAGUGAUCAUAUUAUCAAUAUAAUCAUAUAUUUUGUAUCUUUUA